UCCGACUCUAUCCUGUCGCGCGAGAGAGGGCUGAUGGCGAGUGCCGCCCCCUUCCCCUCGCUCGCCGCGUACGUACAGGACUCUCCGGCGAGGGCCGCCUAUCGACCUGGCUCUCCGGCCGGAGACUCGUGCCGAUCCGUGUUCCUCCGGCAGGUCGAGGUGCCGGCGGCCGUAGCGCGGCGUCCUUCUUCAUCAGCACGCUCCUCAGUAAACAGUGGCGUUGAAGGUUUUGCUAGGAUUCCUGCUGUUGGAGUUGAUUCCUUGAUGAAGUUAAGAAAAGGCCAGGCCGCCUCUCUCGAGGCAAAUGCAAUAAUAAAGUUCCUCCGUGACCCUUUUGUAAGAAAUCUACAUCCAGAACAGGCAGAGCUCUUCUGGCUAGGGAAUGCUUCUGCAUCUGCAGAUAUAAUGAGAAAGAUGGAAGAUGGAAAAUCAUGUGGUUGGACGUGGUUACACUCAAGAUGCUCUAAUGAGCACAUUGGUAUGUGGUUUCGCUCAUUAUAUAUGAUGCAGGGUAUUGCAUCGCGUGGUUUCCUAAUAGAGGGCGCCUUGGCAACCAUUGCCUGGACAUUUGUAAUGCCUUAUGAAGCUCUGGCUGAGACAUGUGAAAGUAACAGUGGUUCUCUAGCGAACAUGCCUUUGUUGUUCACCAUAGCGCUUAUCGGGGCUACGGUUGGAGGCUUGCUUGCAAGACAAAGAAGAGGAGAGUUGGCACGUGUGAAUGAUCAAUUACGUCAGAUCAAUGCAGCGUUACGGAGACAAGCUAAAAUAGAGUCAUAUGCACCAAACCUGAGCUAUGCACCAAUUAGUAGAGUAGCAGAGAAUGACAUUAUUGUUGACCCAAAAAAGCAGGAAGUGAUUUCAACAUUAAAGUCUGGAAAGAACUAUCUUCGCCAUCAAAAUCCUGGAAAGGCAUUUGAUGAGUUCAAGACUGCUCUCGAACUUGCCCGAAAUCUGAGGGAUCCUGUGGAGGAAAAGAAGGCAGCGCGGGGCUUAGGAGCCGCCUUGCAGAGGCAGGGGAAGUUUCGGGAAGCAAUCAAGUACCACUCCAUGGUUCUGUCAAUUUCGAAGCGAACUGGUGAGGAUUCUGGAAACACAGAAGCCUAUGGAGCUAUUGCUGAUUGUUAUACAGAACUUGGUGAUCUGGAACGAGCAGGUAGAUUCUAUGAUCAGUACAUAUCCAGAUUAGAGAAAGAUUAGCUCAAGUCUGGUACUAUUGCUUCCAAGUCAGCAGCUCAUUUGGUCGUAGAUGUACACAUGUCCAACAGGUUGUGUGGUUGGUUACUGAAAGUUUUGCAGUAUUGAUCCAAUUGAUCAGGUUGGAGCAACAUAACCUCGGCAUGAUGUCCUAGCUUUUGUGCUUUAAGCGCUUUUAUAUGUUAGGAUCUUGACUGAAUCUUUUCCAGAAUUGUGGGUUAUUGUAAUUAAUGUAAAAGUUCCUCUGAUGAGCAAAAACUCAUUAUUGUUCUGCAAGGACAGAAACUGUAAUUUUGCCGAUUGCCAAUUUUGAGUAAUGCUGCAUUUGAACUUUUCUGUUCA